AAGCCCUCACAAUCUAUCUUUUCCUAAUUAUUCUAUUUUUCUCUCUCUAUAUGUUAAAACACAAAGUUCGCCAUGAUUAACUUGCCAAUAUCUCUCAGACAUUCUUCUUUAACCCUUUUCAAACAAGCCAUCUCUGCUAAUUCUCGUGUUUUUCUCUGAAACAAACCCCUUUUCCUCCUCUGCUUAGUAUUAUAAUUUUGUUUUGAAUUUGCAGGAGAUAAGUAAUUAAUCAAAUCAAAUGGGUGGUGGAGAGAGAAGUAUGCUUCACUUUCCACACCUGCAUAUUAAUCAAGGUGGAAAGAGUAGUAAACAGGGUAAAAGAGAUGUGCCGAAAGGAUACCUGGCGAUAAAAGUAGGCCAAGCAGAGGAAGAACAAGAGCGAUUCAUCGUCCCUGUUUCUUACUUCAAUCAUCCGCUUUUCAUUCAAUUACUCAAAGAGGCUGAGGAGGUUUAUGGAUUUCAUCACAAGGGAACAAUUACUAUUCCUUGUCAGGUAGAACAAUUCCGGUCCGUUCAAGGCAAAAUUGAUAAACAUCAGCACCAACACCACCUUCAUGUUCCCUGUUUUAGGGCAUGAGAUCCUAAUUAGUUUUUUUAUUUUUUAUGUUGCUUUUGGUGGAGGCUGUUAGUGAUAAUGACGACAAACUUUUUCUGUUUCUCGAUGGUUUGUUAUGCGUGACUGGAUUUGUUAGCUGAAGUAAUAUAGUGAAAUGGAAUUUUCGUUA